AUGAGUGUCUACAACCUCUCGAUGCUACUGCUGUGUGCAUUCAUCGCCAAUUUUCAAGGAAUUGCUGCUGUGAAAAUUGAUGAUGUAUCGUUUAAGCCACCAUUUGAGGUCGUAGACUCGGAAGGUCAGCGUAUUGUCAACACCACGUGGUCACAUGGCGGUCACGCGGACAUAAAAAAACACUUUAUUCGUCUUACUACCGACCGCCAGAGUAAGCGUGGCUACCUGUGGCAGAAAGAACCUGUUGGACGCGAUGAGUUAUCUGUUAUCAUGACAUUUCGCAUAUCUGGUCAGGGUUUGCGAUGGUUUGGCGACGGCAUUGGUUUGUGGUUCACCGAUCAGAAGGUGUUUGUAGCCGGUAUCAAUCAUGGAUUUACUGAUAAAUACAAGGGCGUGGGUGUCGUUAUUGACACAUUUAAUAACCCAGAUCAUAAGGGAGGCCACAAAGACAUCAGCGUGUUUGUGAAUGACGGGACCAAGACAUUUGAUCAAAUGCAAGAGGAAAAGCGCGCUGGAUGUAAUGCAAAUGUACGCCAUAACGAGAAAAGCGCAAACUUUGGUCCUGCUUUCAGCAUCUCGCGUAUCAAAGUCAAGAUUGACAAGUCACGAUUGGUUGUGGAGGUGGAUGAGGAAUCGACAGGUCAAUGGGUCGCCUGCCACGAGAUGACGUUGCCAUUUAAUGGAGAUUGGCUACAAACAUCUACUAUCGGUGUCACAGCUGCUACCGGUGCACUGGCCGACAACCACGAUAUUAUUCGAUUCGACGCAUUUACGGACUUUACCGACACGACUAUUGGUGCUGUGGACUCGGAAACGGUGAUGAAUUCAGUGUCUCAAGAGUACAAAAAAUGGAUUGAUUCGCCAAACUGUGGCACGGACUGCCUGAUUGCAGUGUUGAAGAAAGAGCUACAAAACUUUCGCGUUGAAGCCGAGCAUCGUUUUGCAGAUUUAAAAGAAAAGACGGAAAACACAGUAGCGAAACUCAAGAAGCAAGAGAGUGAGAAUGAGCGUCGAGUGCGUGAGAUCGAUGCUAAGGUCAGAAAGGGUAUUGAUAUGUCACUUGAGAACACGAAGAAAGUGUUGGGCACUGAAUUGAAUGAAAAGAUCACCAAGCAGCUUGAGGAGAAUCCUGAUAUUGCCAGCGGCGGCUGGAAGACACCGUUUGCAUUGCUAUUCAUUAUCUUGAUGGCAGGUGCUGCAUACGUGUACCGCAAGUAUCAACUGCUUAUGAAAUCGCAUUUGUUGUAG